AAAGUUUUUAUGGCAGUGGCAUUCACUUUUCCGUUUCGGUUUACUCGUUCAUAACUUCAUACACUAUACUAUGCAGCAAGUUUUGCUACUAUACAUUGAAGUAGUUCUAUAGAAAAGUGCAGUUUUCUGAUGUGGCUUUGGGAAGUGUGGAAGUGGAUUCGUGUGAACUGAAAAUUUUGCAUAUCUGCAAGUCGCUGAAGUCUGUGCUAGCAGUUCGUUACACAGAUUGUACUUCGUUCUGGGUAAUUAAUCACGGUGCCCAGAUACAUAAAUGUGGAGUAAACAUUGUACAAUCAUUGUGAUAAGGCAGAUUAUCUGAUAGUUCUGUGAUCGCGUUGAUAAGCCGCUUCAUCUGUAAUCACUGAUUAGCCGAUGGAACACCGUAUCAGCAAAUAUGGAGAGGAAUUACGCGACGCAGAAGGCUUUAUGCGGCUUCUACCCGAUCAGUCAGAUGAUCAUCCCUACAUUUUUCGUGCGGAUCCUGAAAUGCAACCUCCGGAGAAACCCGAACGCGAAGACGAAGACACUGUGGACGUUAUCGGGGACGAUGACGAGUUCGCUGUGGUUCCUAAAACAGGGCUUUCUGUCGAUCCGAAGGAAGACGACAGCGCAGCCAAAGAUGAGGAAGCAGGAAUAGCCAGCACGGGAAAUGGUGUGGUGGUACUGCAGGACUUGAUAAAAAUAACGUCAAGUGCAGGGAUAACGGAGGAGCCAGUGCACCCGACGGAGGCUGUUCGCAAGCGCGGCUUGCAGGGAAUGUCAGAUAAAAGCAAACAUAUUCUUGGCUUGGGAUUAGUUGUCGUGCAUUGCAUCACCGUCUUGUCAGCUGCCCAGUUCGCUAAAGCGACCUACUCUAAGGACUUUUCGGCACCGUUUUUCAUCGUGUACUUUCGCAGUGCUUGGAGAAUUAUUGUAUUUCCCACCUUCAUGGUUCUGAAGUACAUCCAACGCGCUUAUCGGAAUAAAACUGACAAGCCGACGUCAUUUAUGAAAACGUUCACGAGUUGUGAAACUGUUUUUGGACCAAAGGGGCUAACCCCGAAGGCUUUUGUAUACCCGACUGGUCUGCUGGCCAUGUUAUGGAUCACCGUCCAGUUUGCGCAUGUUUUCGCCGUGAAAUUCCUCAACAAUUCCAUUGUCCAGGCAUUGUUCUGUUCGGAAACAGCUUUUUGUUAUCUCCUAUCAUCUCUUAUUCUCAGAGCUCCGGUUUACAUUUUAAAAGUUAUCGCAGUUGUGAUUGCUUUGGGCGGCGUGGCAUUUAUGGUCUAUUCACAAGGGAAAGACGAUUUGAGUUGGGAAGGGAUUGCUAUUUGUUUGAUCGGUGCCGUUUUGGGAUCUUUAUACAUGGUUGCCUUUAAACGAUUUAUUGGAAAGUCGGAGGAUGUUGGAAAGGCGCUGCUGCUUACCUCGACGAUGGCAGCCUUUAUUACCGUGAUAGCCUGGCCUAUCGUAAUAAUUUUAUAUGUAAAUGGCGUGGAGUACUGGAAUUGGGAAACAUUUCCCUGGGCUACCGUGUGUAUUUCUUCAUCACUGACGUUAGUGUCCAUUUCCAUGUUCAAUCUGUGUCUCACGUUGACAAGUCCACUGAUUAUGACUCUCAGCAAGCUUUUAGGAAUACCGUUUAAUUAUGUUGUCGACGCUUUAUUUUGGAACCAUGUGUUUGAUGAAUUUCAAGCAAUUGGUUGCGUGUUGAUCGCUGUUGGAUUUGUGGCCAUUGCGAUGCCGGAAAGGAUGAUUGCUAUUGAGUAUUUAAAAAAGCGAUUUAAGCGCGAAGUGGUUAUUCCGGUCAGCACGGGGCCUUUGGAUUCGGAACGGAUUACCAAACUGUGAUAUACUGCAGACUUGCUAAGUCUGCAGUUGCGGUACCUCGUUUACUGGCGGACGGAAAGUCCUACCGGUGUUACAUUGAUCUCUUUCGGCGUUUGCCAUAGUCUGUUGACUCUCUUUGCUUUUACUGAGUUUAACAUUGAUUUUACCGUCCUUUCUUCAGUUACGUCGCUAUGUGUCGUUUAUUUAUUAUUGAGAAAAUUGGAAAAGAUACAGUAUUCUAAUUUGCGUGUCAUUUGCAGCAUAUUUGCGUGUCGUUUGCAACAUAAGUUCUUAUUUUUAUGCCGACCUUGCACUAGGUAGUUUGUGCACUAGGUAGUUUUGAUCACUGUCAAAAGUCAAAACGAACUCAGUAAGUGAAAGCAACAAUACAAAAUAAAAUGCUGCGAACUGCAAU